AAGAACUGGAAUGCACAUCACUAACAGCCGAAGAUAGCGCCGGUGCGCCACCUGCAGGUUAAAAAUAGACCUGUAACGUGACUGCAUUACAAAACGUGCUCUUGCUGAACUGUCACGUUUUUCUUUUAUCAAGUUUGGUUUGUAUCUAAAUUCCCAUUACAAAUAAAUAAUAUAAGAAAGAGUGAUCCCGAUAAGUGAUGUAGUGUAGUGCCUCCAUACUAGGAAAUGUGUGAGCGCCUCAUUGGCCCUCUUCUUUUUUUUGAAAAAGAUAAACUCUUAUCUCAUCCGAGCAGAGGGAUUCCCAUCAUCGGGCCACUCGUCAUACUAAAACACAUCAGAGCUGAAUAUUCAGUAUUUAACUUCUCAGUGCAAUGCUGGCCUGGACGAAUAAAUAAGAAGAAUUCAAGGAUGUCGACAGCACAGAGAUCAGGAGAAAUCGCACUGGUGAUUUGUCCGUGAAAGGAUGCUCUCUGGUGCGGUACUAGCACACCUCUUGUUCUGGGCCGCACUGCACACCGCACCGGCUCUUGGUCAGGCCUGUCUGUGCACAACCCUCCAGCCUGCUGGUUUGCUCGUCAACUGCACCUUUCCUGACCUCAGGGAGUUGCCUCCUCUGCCAUCAGACACCACGGAGCUCCUUGCGGAGGAUAUCGGCCUCAUCACCAUCCCCUCGGACCUGUUUGACAAAGCGCUGGGCCUUCAACGUGUGUCCCUUGCCAAUAAUCCUUUCCACUGUGACUGCGGCAUUGAAUACGUGAGGAACUGGCUGUUGCGGAACAGAGCUGCGGUCUCUCAGGAGCCCAUAUGCUUCAGUCCCAGCUCAGUGGCUCAGAAAGCUAUCACAGAACUCACUGAUGACUACUUUAUCCCGUGCGCCCCAAGAGGUUGCGGUAGUAUCGCCUCUGCUGCUGUGAUGGGAGUAAUGCUCAGCUGCCUCGUUGUUCUGCUUCUGUGGAGCCUGAGACUGGCCAAAAACUGCACCUUCACGCUUAACAUUGAGGAAAGACACUCGCGAGUCAAAGGUGACUCUUUGCAUCCACUGCGGGUGAGACACAGGAGGAGGCUGUCAGCUGUCAAUCAACAUUUUCAGCUACUCACUGAGGAUCUGGAAAGGCAUCCUGUCAACAUGGAGUUACUUCCACAGGUGCUUGAUGUGUUGCAGAAGAAACACAAUAUUAAGAUUAAGGCUAUCUGAGGCACCUAUUGGAAGACAUUUCAUGAAAACUACACUACAAAAGUUCAAAAAGAAGACUCUCCUAUAAUAAUAAAGAUGGAAUCAUUUGAAUUAUAAAUUUGAGAUGUUCCAUUAUUUUCUUGUACUUUAAGGCAGUCCAUUCUAAACUAUGAACUGAUCCCUGAGUUCAUGUAAAUUAUUUAAAGUCAGAAAAUGUAUUUGCAAUGCGUGUCCUAUCGUGGCAUUCUGAUUACUAUUGUGUUUGUAGGAUAUGAAUUAAGCAGGAACAAAAGAUUAUUCAUCCUACGGGGGUGGCCAUUUUGCCACUUGCUGUCGACUAAAAAUGACAUCGCAAGUGCCUCAGGGCUCAUUUUGCAAACGUCACAUUACCAAACUUUAGGCUCUGUGAUGUCUUUCCGUCGACAGCAAGUUGCAAAAUGGCCACCGACCUAAGUGGAUAGAAACGGGUGGAUUUUGCUUGCUUUAUUCAUAUUCGACAAACUCAAUAUUAAUCAGCAUACCGUGUUUAGUCUAGUAAGGCGCAUAGAACAUAAAGAAAAUUUUGGAGCUCCAUCGUUCAUUUCAUAGCAGAUAAUUACAGGUCCAUAUGGCUGAUGAAAGAUUACACUCGUUUGCAA